AUGACCGAUCAAAUCAAAGCCGUCUUUGCCGCCAAGGCUGUCAAGAACGAGGCCGUCUUUGUCAGCUUUGUCACUGCUGGUUUCCCCACCAAGGACGACACGGUCGAGGUGCUACUCGCUCUCGAGCAGGGGGGAGCCGAUGUAAUCGAGCUCGGCGUUCCCUUCUCGGACCCUCAGGCAGAUGGCCCCGCCAUCCAGGAGAGCAACCAAGUUGCGCUUGAACAAGGCGUCGGUUACACCCAAUGUCUCGAUUACAUCCGACAGGCACGCUCAAAAGGCCUCAAGGCUCCCGUAUUGCUCAUGGGCUACUAUAACCCAACACUCGCUUACGGUGAGGACAAGGCGGUGCAGGACGCAAAGGCUGCCGGUGCCAACGGUUUCAUCAUGGUCGACUUGCCACCUGAGGAGGCUGCCGACUUCCGUGCCUCUUGUACAAAGCAUGGCCUCUCGUAUGUGCCCCUCAUUGCGCCUUCCACAUCUACAAAGCGUAUCGAACAUCUCGCUUCUCUCGCCGAUUCGUUCAUCUAUGUUGUCUCCAAGAUGGGUACGACCGGUGCCACCGCUGCCGUGUCGAGCUCUCUUCCCGAUUUGAUCUCCAAAAUUCGCAGCAUCACCUCUAUCCCACUCGCCGUCGGUUUCGGUGUUUCUACACGUCAACACUUUAUCGAGGUGGGCGAGCACGCCGACGGUGUUGUGAUCGGAAGCAAGUUGAUCGCCAAGCUCAGGGAGGCUCCCGCCAACACGGCGGCGCGCGUUGAGGCUGCGCGCAGCUACUGUGCCGAGAUCACCGGCAAGAACGAGGGAGGCAUCCAGCGCAAGCAGCCGCUUAGUAUCAAGCACGUCAUCGAGCAGCCCGACUCGGUUCCUAUUCCCAAGGUCGACGGCGUUGUACCUGCCGACAGACCCCCCGUUGCUGGCCUCGACACCAUCGUCGAUAGCGAGGGCAAGCUCCGACCUCCCCGUUUCGGCAAGUUUGGUGGACAGUACAUUCCCGAAGCUCUCUUUGAUGCUCACCAGGAACUCGAAAAGGCUUACCUCGAUGCGCUCGACGACCCCGAGUUCUGGAAAGAGUUUGAGGGAUACUACGAGUACAUUGGCCGCCCCUCGGAGCUGUACCACGCCGAGCGCAUGUCCAAGGAAGCAGGAGGCGCGCAGAUCUGGUUCAAGCGCGAGGACCUCAACCACACGGGUUCGCACAAGAUCAACAACGCCGUCGGUCAGAUCCUGCUCGCUCGCAGAUUGGGCAAGACGAGAAUCAUUGCCGAGACCGGGGCGGGUCAGCACGGCGUAGCCACUGCCACUGCUUGUGCCAAGUUUGGCAUGGAGUGCGUCGUUUACAUGGGAUCCGAGGAUGUGCGUCGUCAGUCGCUCAAUGCGUUCCGCAUGAAGAUGCUCGGUGCCAAGGUGGUGGCGGUCGAGAGCGGAAGCAAGACGCUUAAGGACGCCAUCAACGAGGCGAACCGCGAUUGGGUGACCAAUUUGCACAACACGCACUACAUUGUUGGCUCGGCAAUCGGCCCGCAUCCGUUCCCUUCGAUCGUGCGCGACUUUCAGUCGAUCAUCGGUAAAGAGGUCAAGCAGCAGUUGCAAGAGAAGAAGGGCAAGCUGCCCGAUGCGAUAGUUGCCUGCGUCGGUGGUGGUUCGAAUGCGAUCGGUAUCUUUCACCCAUUCGUACAGGACAAGAGCGUGCGCCUGAUUGGUGUCGAAGCCGGUGGUGACGGUAUUGACACUGACCGCCACUCGGCUACGCUCAGCAGGGGUACGCCUGGUGUACUUCACGGCGUGCGUACCUACUUGCUGCAGGACAAGUUUGGUCAAAUCACCGAAACCCACUCGAUCAGCGCCGGUCUUGACUACCCCGGUGUCGGACCGGAACACUCGUUCCUCAAGGACUCGGGUCGAGCCGAGUACAUUGCCGCUACUGACGAAGAGGCGCUACGCGGCUUUAAGCUGUGCACCCAACUCGAAGGCAUCAUUCCGGCGCUCGAAACCUCGCACGCGCUCUGGUCGGCAUUCCAGAUCGCAAAGACCAUGAAGCCUGACGAAGACAUUGUUGUCUCUCUCAGUGGUCGAGGAGAUAAGGACGUCGAGCAGAUCGCCAAUGCUAUCGCUAACGCUGGCUGGGCCGAACGUCUGGGUUGGAACAUUGCCUGA